AUGUCGCCGAUACCCUCGCUGCUCCUCGUCCUCCUAGCGGUAGUAGCCUCGUCGGCGCCCGGCGUCGCCGGCCUCGGCGGCGGGGAGAAGCUGAAGCACAUCCACCUGUACAUGCACGAGACGUUCUCGGGGGAGAACGCCACGGAGGGCGCCAUGCUGCCGUCCCCGUUCGGCGCCAACGCUACGUUCGGUUCGGUGGGCGUGUUCGACAACGAGCUCCGCACCGGCCGGAGCAGGGACUCGCCGCUCGUGGCGCGGUACCAGGGCAUCAUCGUCGCCACGGGGGUGGCGGAGGGCCCGGCUCUGGAGGGCCGCAUGUCGGUCGCCUCCAUUCUUUUCAUCGCCGGGGAGUACAACGGGAGCAAGCUGUCCCUCGAGGGCCCCAUGAUCGGCUUCCAGGGCACGGCUGAGCGCAGCAUCGUCGGCGGCAGCGGCAAGUUCAGGAUGGCGCGCGGGUAUUACCUACUCAAGCUCCUCGGCCUCACGUCGCCCAACAGCGCCGUCUCCGAGAUCGACUUCUACGUGCUCCCCUGCGACCCGAGCUACCUCUAA